UUGAGAAGCUGGGAUCCGUAUGUUGUCGCCCACUCGUUGCAUCAGAGUGCGAAAGCCGAACGGAACAAAAAGCUUACAAGAGCUGCUCUCCAUUGUGCUCAUGCCCUAGUAUCCCGGUUAAGCUGGGCAUCGACUAUGUUGCCCAGACGCAAUUGAUACAUUGGUCAAAUCAGCAUGCCCUGUGCUCUCUAGAAUGCGCACUCCUGCUGGCGAAAUGGCUCCAAGAGGUUACAACGGGUGAGCCGAAUCCGCCUCUUACCGCCUCCGAACAUCGAGUCUUGGAGUAUGUUGUGCAACUGGUGGCGGAAACCGAAUACAAAGUGAGCUGCAAGCAGAUACUGCAGGAAAAGACUCGCUCGAGCUCCAUGACCGUCCGGUUAUGGGCCAAACCAUACCAAUCAAGCAGUGUCUGGGAGACUGUCAACCUCAUUGGUAGGUCAUUGCAUAUCUAUCCAGAGCUGUGGAAGCCG